AUGCUGGCAGGUGUAAAACAAAACCCACGGGGGAAAGCUCCUGCAUUAUGGAACAGCGUGUCCCAGAGAGCAACACCAACUUCAAACUGCCAGGCUGCCAAGGGGGUGCUCCCAAGGAACAGCGACAGGACCAGAGGAAACGGCCUCAAGCUGCACCCGGGGACGUUCAGAUGGGAUGACAGGAAAAAUGCCUUCAACUCAAAGGGCUGUCAGGUGCUGGAACAGGUUGCGUGGGUUGCCGGCGGGAGGGUGGGCAGGAGGAAGAAUUCCUGCUCAGGUUUUGUGAGUCCAGCAGCAGAUGCUGAACAGCAGCCCAGUGUUGGAAGAGCUAUUGAAUCCCUGGCAGAUUACAGUGAUAGGGAACCUCCCCAUGUCCCCACCACAGGUGAGAGAGCCCAGCCUGACCAUGGACACCUCCUGGAGGAAACCAGCCAGGACAGAAGGGGGAAGUCCAGGAACAUCACUGGAACAGGCUCCCCGGGGCAGUGGUCACAGCAUCAUCCUCAGAGACUUCAAGAGGUAUUUGGACAAUCUUCCCAGGCAUAUGCUGUGACUCUUGGAGCUUACAAAGGAGUUCCUUGGGAUAAUAUGUUUUCUUCCAAAAUAUAGCCUCCAAUAUGAACAGGGGAGAUGUUGGAUGAUCCUGUUUCCCAGUAGUUCGCAAAAAGAAGAUACAAUCCCAAACCUAAAAUAAGCCAAGUUGUCGGAGGCUUCUGGGACAGAUUCCAAACAAGAUCUUUUACCUCUCCACAGAGGUCUGGUGGUUUUGUAAGCCAAAGCUCUCAAAUCUGUCAUAUCCCUUUGUAUAUCUGCUGUGUUGGUGCAGUAAAUUUUGAAGGCAGUGCUGAUGUAGACUUAGUCCUACUUAACCAUGUUCAAACUUCCAAACCUCACUACACAAGCACUGCACACACUCCAAAUAUUCCUGGAUAUUCUGGCAGGGUUCAUUGGUCAGCAACUCACCCAGCAAAUUCUAAUCUUCCAUCAACAGCCCCAUCAGUAAUUGCAGGAAUGCAUGGAUAG